GCGGCGGGCGCAAGAUGGCGGCGGCGCUGGGCCGGGGGCUGGACAUCAGCCUGGCGGCGCUGCGGCAGCACGACCCCUACAUCAGCGGCAUCGUGGACGUGGCCAGCCAGGUGGCGCUCUACACCUUCGGCCAUCGCGCCAGCCAGUGGGAGAAGACAGAUGUGGAGGGAACGCUGUUUGUUUACACAAGAUCAGCUUCUCCAAGGCAUGGUUUCACAAUCAUGAACAGACUGAGCAUGGAAAAUCGAACAGAACCUAUUACUAAAGACCUUGAUUUCCAGCUCCAGGACCCUUUCCUGCUCUACAGAAAUGCCAGAUUGUCCAUAUAUGGGAUUUGGUUUUAUGAUAAGGAAGAAUGCCAAAGAAUUGCGGAGCUCAUGAAAAACCUAACUCAGCAGGAGCAAUUCAAAGCACAGCAGGGCACAGGAACAGGGGUGUCCCCCAUGAUCAUGAACUCUGCUAAUAACAAAGAAGUGGAUAUCUUACGGAUGCUUACCAAGGCCAAAGAUGAGUAUACCAAGUGUAAGACCUGCUCAGAGCCAAAACAAAUAACCAGCUCCUCUGCAAUCUACAGCAACCCCAACCUUAUCAAACCCAUUCCAGUGAAGCCAAGUGAGAAUCAGCAUCAGCGAAUCUCCCAGCAGAGCAAGGCAGUGGAUCCUGAGCCCCAGCACUUGUCCUUGACGGCGCUGUUUGGCAAGCAGGACAAGGCAGACGGCUCGGAAGCGCUCGGUAAGCAGCAGCAGGAGAGCCUCUCUGUCCGGCAGGGCGUGGUUCGCUCGCUGUCCUACGAGGAACCCGGCAGGCACUCCCCCUGUGCGGAGAAGCAGCUGUGCCCUGCCAUCCAGAAGCUCAUGGUGCGUGGCACAGAACUCCAUCCCCUGGCCGAGUUCCCCGAGAGCCGCCUGUGUGAGAAUGGCAGCGUGCCCCCCGCGGGGGAGAGUUUGCCAGGGCUGUUCCAGCCCGUGACUUCCCACGGCGUGGCAGCGGCUCCCGGGGCUCAGGACGCUGCUGGCACCGAGAGCUUACUGCACAAGUUGCACAGUCACUCGGGAUCGGUGACCAAAGCGGACCCUAGUGGCACAGGACCUGUGAACUCAGCAGUCUCCGUGUUCAGCAGGACUCCUGCUCCUGCUGGAGCACCGGCAGCACCAGGAAAUAACAUGAGCCAGCCCCCUCUGGUGUACUUCAAUGGGUCCCUACCAGGCCAGACUUUAGAGGCUCAGACACUUGGUAAGGAACAAUCCAAACUUCCCAGACAGCCACUGCCUCUCUCUGGCAAUCAAACAGCCACUUCUGGGGUGAUUUCACCUCAAGAAUUAUUGAAAAAACUCCAGAUAGUGCAACAAGAACAGCAGCUCCAUGUGUCCAGCAGACCAACGUUGGCAGCUAAGUUCCCAGUUGUUACCCAGAGCAGCAAUACCCUGAAACCACUGGAUUCCUGGAUAGAAAAGGCUCCAGGCACAGAAAAACAGAGUGCUCUCUUCCAGGUCAUGUCCCCUCAGCGCAUUCCUGCCUCGGUGACCCCCACCCUGCUGAUGUCCCCCAUGGUGUUCAGCCAGCCCACGCCCACGCCGCCCAAAGGCGCUGAGAGCGGGCGCCUGGCAGCAGCGAGCGCCGAGCCCGCUGCCAGCUCGGGCAGCCUGCUCCUGCCCCUGCCUGCCCCAGAGCCAGCCGUGGCCAGCAGCACCUGCAUCACCAAGCUGCAGCUGCAGGAAACGCUUCUGCACCUCAUCCAGAAUGAUGACAACUUCUUGAACAUUAUUUAUGAAGCAUAUCUCUUCAGUGUGAGGAAGGCGACCAUGAAGAAGUCUAUGUGAAGGAUCCUCUUUUAAAUCAAUUUCAUGGCUUCCUGAACUCCAAGAAGAUUUGGAAAUUUUCAAGUAUGAUUAUGUUUGAAUAAAUGAAUGGUCUUAGGCGUUUUGCAUACACUUAAAUUUUCCUUGUUGGCAAACACAUGCUGUACUGAGAAAAAAGUGGGAAAUGGAUUGUGCCUUUAGUGAGGGGAGCGUCACGAAGCUGAAGAAUUCAUCACAAAAUAUCUUAAAUUAUUUUCUUUACCCUGGUCCAUAAGUUAGAGUUGGUUUCCCGGCGAAAGGACUCCGUUCUAAGGAUCCAGUUUCCUUGUUUACUUGCAGUGUGGUGUAACUCCUUGCCGCGGGUUUGUCCCUGGCUUUCCCGGAGCUGUCCCGCGCAGGGACCACAUGGUGGCAGCACUGGACUGUUCUUAGGAACACAAAAAUCCGGCUGCAGUCUUGGAACAGGAGGCUUCGGGAACACUUCGAGUCCUUUACUUGUCUGCAAAGCAGUUUAGAAGUGCUGUCAUGACUGCCCCUAAAAUUUUUGUAGGAGAAUGUUUUUCUAUUUUGACAAGAAUAUUUUUAGCUAGAUGUAGAAAUGGGAUUCUGCAGGUGUUCGAGGAAUUGGGGGGGUGGGGGGGUUGUGAAUGUACUUGUUGUCACAGAGCUCUGGGGUGACACUAGAUUCAUGUUUCUAUUAUUCCAGGUCCAAUCUGCAUAAUUGUAAGCAAUGUGAAAAUUUUUUAAGGGGAAUGCUACCUGGUGUAAUUUAAAAAAAAAAAAGGUGUUCCUGGAGCACAGUGCUUCCAUUGAUCCAUUUCUAAAAAAGAAAAAUAAAAAUGGAUAAUCCCUA